CUGAGCGCCAACGAAGAAAUCCCCCUCCCGCUCGACGGGCUGCGGGUUCUCGACGUCACCCACAUCGUCGCCGGCCCCUUCUGUUCCAUGAUCCUCGGCGACAUGGGCGCCGAGGUCAUCAAGAUCGAGCGACCCGGCGCUGGCGAACGUGGGCGCAGCAACGGCCCCUUCAUCGAUGGCCCCGACGGCCAGCGUGUCAGUGCCCGCUAUCUCGGCCUGAACCGCAACAAGAAGAGCGUCUCCAUCGACCUCCGCGACCCCCGUUGCAAGCAGGCCUUCGAGCGCUUGGUCGCCGAGUCCGACGUGCUGCUCGACAACUGGGGCCCCGGUGCCCUGCGCCGUCUCGGUCUCGGCUACGACCGCCUCAGCGAGAUCAACCCGCGUCUCGUCUACGCCAGCCUCACCGGUUACGGCGAUCCCGAGGGCCCAGCCCCGGGACCCUACUCCCACUGGCCCGCCAACAACCCAUGCGUCCAGGGAAUGGGCGGCUGGAUGACCGUUACGGGAACUCCUGAGGGCGGCCCCCAGAUGGUCGGCGACAACAUCGGCGACUCCGUGCCCGGAGUCUGGACAGCUUUGGCCAUAAUGUUCGCCAUCGAAAGCCGCCACCGCACCGGCAGGGGCCAAUACCUCGACAUGUCCAUGUACGACUGCAUGGUCGCCCACAUGACCAGCACAAUGCCCUUCUACCAGGCGACCGGGCAGGUGGCAGGUCGCGAACGCGGCAACAUGCUCAGCGCCCAGCUCUGCCUUCAGGCCGAGGACGGUUAUGUCGUGCUGGCCGGAGCGGGCGGCGCCGAGAAAUGGAAAGACCUCUGGCGCCUCAUCGACCGGGAGGACUUGAUCGAUGACUCGCGCUACCUGGGCGAGGGCAUCAGCGGUGAGUUCUACAUGAACAACUUCGUGCCCGCCAUAGAGGAGUGGACCCGGGUGCGCCCCAAGGGCGAGGUAACCCAGCGACUGAUCGAAAUCGGCUACUCUAUGGGCAUGGUCCAGGAUCAGGCCGACCUCGACAACUGCCCGCACCUCGAAUCGCGCGGCAUGUUCAUCAACGGCGGCAACGACAUGGGCGGCAUCUUCCGCACCGUCAACACACCCAUCCACCUCGCGGGCACACCCGGCACCCCCAACCGUCAGCCACCGCUGCUGGGCGAAAACAACGCCGAAAUCCUCUGCACCAUCGGCGGCCUGACCCAGACCGACCUCGCAGAAUUGGCAGACGAAGGCCAGGUAUAG